AUGCCCUGGUACAUCCUCUGGAUCUUUUUCCUGGCAACAAUGAAGGCGAGAGGAGAGCUGCCAUUCAUUGCAGAAAACAACGCAGCUAUGAUGGUAAACUGGAAUGCAGUUGAAGAAAACAAAAAAUUAUAUGCAAUUUAUGAUACAAGUGUGAACGAUCCCGGGAACAUGUCCUUCGUGAAAGAAACUGUGGAUAAAUUGUUGAAGGGCUACGACAUCCGUCUCCGGCCGGAUUUCGGAGGUCCGCCCGUCUGCGUGGGGAUGAACAUCGACAUUGCCAGCAUCGACAUGGUUUCCGAAGUCAACAUGGAUUACACUUUGACCAUGUAUUUUCAACAGUACUGGAGAGAUAAAAGGCUGGCUUAUGCUGGCAUACCUCUGAACCUCACACUUGACAACCGAGUGGCAGAUCAGCUCUGGGUGCCUGACACUUACUUCUUAAAUGACAAGAAAUCAUUUGUGCAUGGUGUUACCGUGAAGAAUCGAAUGAUUCGUCUUCACCCGGAUGGAACAGUGCUUUAUGGCCUCAGAAUCACAACCACUGCAGCUUGUAUGAUGGACUUGAGAAGAUACCCAUUAGAUGAACAAAACUGUACUCUGGAAAUAGAAAGCUAUGGCUACACAACUGAUGACAUUGAGUUCUACUGGAGAGGUGGAGAUAAUGCAGUCACUGGUGUGGAAAGGAUUGAGCUUCCUCAGUUCUCCAUUGUGGAAUAUAGAUUGGUGUCAAAGAAUGUUGUCUUUGCCACAGGUGCCUAUCCAAGACUCUCACUGAGCUUCAGGUUGAAGAGAAAUAUUGGAUACUUUAUUCUUCAAACCUACAUGCCCUCCAUACUGAUUACCAUUUUAUCAUGGGUGUCAUUCUGGAUCAAUUAUGAUGCAUCAGCAGCAAGAGUUGCCCUUGGAAUUACAACUGUGCUGACUAUGACAACAAUCAACACUCAUCUGCGAGAGACUUUGCCUAAAAUUCCAUAUGUUAAAGCCAUUGACAUGUAUCUUAUGGGCUGCUUUGUAUUUGUCUUCUUGGCCUUACUUGAAUACGCCUUUGUCAACUACAUUUUCUUCGGAAAAGGCCCUCAAAGGCAGAAGAAACUUGCAGAAAAAACAGCAAAGGCAAACAACGAUCGCUCAAAGUUUGAAGGCAAUCGGGUGGACACCCAUGGCAACAUUCUGCUAACAUCGCUUGAAAUUCACAACGAAGUGGCAGGCAACGAGAUCACCACCAGCGUUACAGAUGCCCGAAAUUCAACGAUCUCCUUUGACAACUCAGGAAUCCAGUACAGAAAACAAAGCUCACAUCGUGAAAGCCUUGGCAGGCGUUCGUCAGAAAGAACAGGCUCCCACAGCAAGAGGGGCCAUUUACGAAGAAGGUCUUCACAACUGAAAAUAAAAAUCCCUGAUCUAACAGAUGUGAAUGCUAUCGACAGAUGGUCAAGAAUGGUGUUUCCAUUCACAUUUUCUCUUUUCAACCUAAUUUACUGGCUAUACUAUGUUAACUGA